AUGGCACGUUGUGCCAGACUAAAAGAAAUUAUCCAGUUGGCGUCUCUUCAAGAAUACCAGCUGUGCUGCGUGAGUGUGUGCAGCUUAUUGCAGCAAUGGCUAUUUGUUUCUGUGGUAGAUGAAGCUGGAGGUGGAAGACAUGAAGAAGUUGUUGGAGACGCAAGAAGCUCAGGCCAGAAUUUUUAUUUAGACCAGAAUUGAUCUAAUUUUAUUUUUAGUCAGAAAGAUUUAAUUAUGAUCAGAUUUAGGCCAUUAUAUCAGAAGUUGAAUUUUAGAUCAGAAUUGUUUUUAAUCAGAAAUGGCCAGACUGAAAAGUCUUAUGGCCGUAAUUUCAUUAAGUAA